AUGGCCUCCAUAUUCACCUUCGACCCCGAUCCUCCGCGCGUUUCGUCGCCGUGGGCAAUCACACCCAUCGGCGACGUUGCGCGAUCCCCGGUUCCAACCACCAAACCCCGGCGUAUUCCUUCGACUCUCGGUGGCCUUGACGAUGAGACGAGCGCGAAUGCAACAUCCCUCCCCACCGAUAUAGAUUACACACACAUCACACGGCUGGAGGCAGAACCCCAGGAUGGGCCUACGGAGUACAAGCUACAUCUGCUGCUCAGGCGACGGAGGUCAUUCACCCGUUCCAGUACCGCACGCCAUAUAUCUGGGUCCAUGCGUCGACCAGAAAUACCUAUACCAGCGGGUCGCAGCGUAUCAGAGUCCGGCGUCCUGGCCAACACUCCUCCACCCUUGGCCUCCACACAGUCCAAGCAGCAUCGUCUGGAACAGCUGACUACUCAGUUGCUGUGGCGCCUACAGCAGUCAUGCCCAAACCACAUGUCAUCAUCCAUGGCACCUGUCAUACCUCACUUCCCCGAUGAUGCACGUCUGUCAGCCCCCGAGAUGCCUCAACGUCUGCUGCCGGGAUUGGAAGAGAGUAGUGGUGCGCUCUACGAGAUUGGAGUCGCGGACGACGGAACUAUCGUUGGUCUGGCAGAAGACGAGAUGGAAGAGAGCCUGAACAAUUUGCGCGCCAUGGCUGCAAGCUUAGGCUGUGGAAUCGAGGUUAUGCGCAGGGUUCCAGUGGGCGACUGCGAGUGGAUAGAGAAUCCUGGCACAGUACAACAGAGGGUGGUAAAAUCGCAACUACUAGUUGCCGAAGCUCUGGUCCGCCCAGAACAGCACUUGAUCGAUCAUACGAAGAGGAAUGAGCAGGAUGCAGCCCACGUUCCGUCUAACUCCGGUGCUAGCAACGUUGGGGCUCUGACCAACGAGUCUAAAGGAGUCACUGAGCAGAUGCGUGUAUCAGUGACCGGUGCCACCAUGUCCGGUAAAUCUAGUCUACUUGGCACGCUUUCUACCGCCACGCUGGAUAAUGGCAGAGGAAAGAGUCGCCUGAGUCUUUUGAAACACAGACACGAGAUCGCAUCAGGGAUGACCAGCUCUGUCACUCAGGAGUUGAUAGGACGCACCACCGUCCGUGGAAUUGUUGGCUGUGAGUCUUCAGGCAAGCUCGGAGCAUCACCUUCAGCAGAAGAGAUACUCGGCCCAGCAGCAGCAGAUCUGGAUCUGUCUCGUGCACACCUUCAGUUAUGUCUCGCCCUGGAAUUGCCGCUUGUAAUUGCCAUUACGAAGUUCGAUUUGGCUAAUGCCGGCUUGAAAGCCUCCAUGGCCAAGUUGUUUACAGUGUUGAAAGCCCACAGGAGGAGACCUUUUCUUGUCCACGAUCCAUCUACAUCUGUGUUAGAAGCCGAUCUACACACAAUUGAAGGGGUCGAUCUCGAAAAGACGGACGAGGCUCUGAGUCCCCAUGCCGACUCGCCAUUUGCGGCAGUGCCGGUAAUAUUUACUAGUGCGGUCAAAGGAACAGGAAUUCGGAACCUUCAUGCAUUCCUUCGACGCCUGCCCAUGCCUGCGGAAAUGAACUCAUCAGCAGAUGUAUCAACUUCACCACUAUUCUACAUCGAAGACGUCUACAGCGUCCGCACGAAUACACCAAAUGAUCGAUCUGCCAUCAUUGGGGGCUAUCUUCGCUACGGGUCUAUCGCUGUUGGCGAUGAGCUACUUCUAGGACCCUACCCAGUGGAUAUCAGCUCUGAUGACAGCGACAGCGGGAGGGCGAUACCAAAUCGCAAGCCCUCUAUACCGCAAUCGAGGUCAUUUCCUGGCGCACUGAGCACGAAAUCGAAGAACACUUCACUGCGCGACCGACACAGUGAGUGGCGACGUGUUCGCAUCACGUCUUUACGCAAUCUGCGUCUGCCCGUGCGGACGUUGCAUACAGGCCAGGUUGGUACCAUGGGUAUCGCCCCCGUCGACACACCGAUUGUAAGUCCAUCGAUCAACAGGAUACGCAAAGGCAUGAUACUGGCGGCUCGCGAGCCUAAAGCGCACAAAGUCAUUACAGUACGAUUCGAAGAGGGGCAAGCAGAAGGCGUCAAGGAUCUCGGUGUCGGUAGCGCAGUCGUCGUCUACAUUGCCAGCGUCAGAGCUUCAUCGAAGGUACUUUCCGUUUCUGCUGAACGUACCGAAGCCCCUGCGCUGAACAUUAAUGGAGACGAUGAUGCUUUCGGGUUCGGCUUUGACGACGAGGUGGAGAAGUCAGCAACUGAGGGUGCGGUCAUUGUGACCUUCCAAUUCAUCGCUUCGCGCGAGUUCGUAGAGAUGGGUGCCAAGGUGUUGGUCAUGCCUGGUGGUGGGCCAGGGCUUUUCGGGGGUAAUGAGAGGGGUGCCAAGGGUAUGGCUGGGCUGGAAGGGUUUGUUGGCAGAGUAGUGGACGACGCUUAG